CUGUGUUAUGUAGUUGAGUCGAGUACAAGUCGGGAAGUGACAAAGCCUUGUGAUGUAGAAGAAAAAGAUAAAAUAUUGAAUGAUGUCAAGUGUGACGCAUUGAUAGAUUUUUCUUUCCUGAUCCUUUCAAUGCCUCCCAUCGCAGCAAACAGCUUCAAAAACGCUUCAGAAGACUCUGGAUUAACGAAAGCAAAGUACUAUGAUGAAGUUGAACUUGACGCAGCCCAGCUUGCAGCAACAUCGGAAGAUCCGAAAGUCAUAACACAUCAACCAACAGAACUAACUGUAGCACCAGUUAAUCCAGAUACUUGUAAAGAUUACAUGAAACAAGCAGCUGGAUGUUGCCUCGGUAUAUCAUGUAUAGUCAUUUGGAUUGGUGCAGAAAUACUAGGCAACAUCCCGCUCAACUUACUCUGUUGA